AUGCAGCUCUGGGAAUUGGGUGAGUUGGAGGUGACUGUGGUCUUCUGGGCUGUCUUGAUGAUCCGCCUCUGGGCUUUCAGUAAAGUCCUGUCGAUUUCACCUUUUUCCACUACCGCUCCCUUAUUUUCCGUCAAUCAACCUCCUGUUGUGUGCGAUUCCCCGAAGAGCGCCAGGAACUCGCAGCAACAUCUUCUCCAGCUUCUCAACUCUGCACCAAGGUCCGUCCACACAAGGCAAACCCCAAAGGACAUCGCCAAAAUGCUUAUCCCCAAGGCCGACCGCAAGAAGAUCCACGAGUACCUCUUCCGCGAAGGUGUUCUCGUGGCCAAGAAGGACUACAACCUCCCCAAGCACGGUGACAUCGACACCAAGAACCUCUUCGUCAUCAAAGCUUGCCAGUCCCUCACUUCCCGUGGCUAUCUCAAGACCCAGUUCUCCUGGCAAUACUACUACUACACCUUGACGCCCGAGGGUCUGGACUACCUGCGCGAAUGGCUUCACUUGCCCGCCGAGAUCGUGCCCGCGACGCACAUCAAGCAGCAGCGCAGCCAUGCUCCUCCCCGUGGAAUGAUGGGUGGUGAGGAACGUGAGCGCCGCGGCGGCGGCCGGGGUGGACCGCGCGGUGAUCGUGAUGGUGGAUAUCGUCGUCGUGAGGACCGUGGUGAAGCCAAAGAGGGAGGUGCUCCUGGCGAGUUUGCGCCGACCUUCCGCGGUGGCUUCGGUCGUGGUCGUGGUGCUCCCCCGGCCUCUUAG